AUGUCUAUGCUGAACAAGGCGUGUCCUUAUCUCGCACGUGCCGGCGUGUCCGGGCUGAAGAGCCUGGCCGGCGUCUCUGGGGCCCGUUCCGUGACGACCUCGGCCUCGCAGCAGGCACGCUGCAGCGUGUGCCCUGGGCAGACGGGCCAGUCGGCGCUUCUCGCCAAGGUUUCCGAGUGCCCCGUGAUGGGCCCGUCGCUGCGCGUCAACGAUGCGGCCGUGCCCAAGGCGUCGGCGGCGAGCGCGCACCCUGAGGGCUGCCCGUUCUUCAAGUGCAAGGCCAAGGACGAGGCUGCGACUGCGUCCGCAUCCGAGACCCCAGCCACACACCAGACCAAGGAGGCGGCGUUCGACUACGAGGGCCUGUACCAGGACAAGCUGGCCAAGAAGCACUCAGACAAGAGCUACCGCUACUUCAACAACAUCAACCGGCUGGCGGCGCGCUACCCGCAGGCGCACACGGCCAACGCCAAGAACAUCGUGACCGUGUGGUGCAGCAACGACUACCUGGGACAGAGCAAGAACCCGGUCGUCACCGACGCAAUGAAGCAGGCGAUCGAGACAUACGGCGCGGGAGCCGGCGGCACGCGCAACAUCGCGGGCAACUCUGCUCUGCACCUGCGGCUCGAGUCGGAGCUGGCGACGCUGCACCGCAAGGAGGCGGCGCUGGUGUUCUCGUCGUGCUUUGUGGCGAACGAUGCGACAAUCUCGACGCUGUGCAGCGCGCUGCCCGACUGCGUGAUCUUCUCGGACAAGAUGAACCACGCAUCGAUGAUCCAGGGCAUCCGGCACUCGAAGGCCAAGAAGCACGUGUUUGACCACAACAACCUGGAGCACCUGGAGGCGCUGCUGCAGCAGUACCCGCGCUCGCAGCCCAAGAUGAUUGCGUUCGAGAGCGUGUACUCGAUGUCGGGCACCGUCGGGCGCAUUCCCGAGAUUGUGGCCCUGGCCAAGAAGUACGGCGCCAUCACCUUCCUCGACGAGGUUCAUGCGGUGGGCAUGUACGGCGCGCAUGGCGCGGGUGUGGCCGAGCACUACGACUACGAGGCGAGCCGCGUGGCCCCGAUGGGCCAGCGCAUCCCCGGCUCGGUCAUGGACCAGGUGGACAUUGUCACCGGCACGCUGGGCAAGGCCUUUGGCAUCGUCGGCGGCUACAUCGCCGCGUCGUCGUCGCUGGUGGACAUGAUCCGCUCGUACGCCCCUGGCUUCAUCUUCACCACGUCGCUGCCGCCGCCCAUCAACGCCGGUGCCGUGGCCAGCAUCCAGUACCUGAUGCAGUCGCAGCGCGAGCGCUACCUGCAGCAGACGCACACGCGCCAGCUCAAGGGCGACCUGGCCACGGCCGGCAUCCCCGUGGUGCCCAACCCGUCGCACAUUGUGCCUGUCCUGGUGGGCGAUGCCGAGAACGCCAAGCGCGCGUCCGACAUGCUGCUGAGCGAGCACAACAUCUACGUGCAGAGCAUCAACUACCCGACUGUGCCUGUUGGCGAGGAGCGCCUGCGGAUCACGCCCAGCCCGGGCCACUCGGACAUGAUGCGCGCGCGCCUGCUGGGCGCCCUGGACUCGGUGUGGAACAAGCUGGGGCUCAAGCGCACCGAGGACUGGGUUGCCGAGGGCGGCCGCUGCGGUGUCGGUGAGGACCGCGAGCACUCAGAGAAGCAUGUUGGGUGGAAGCGCGGUGUCGAGCACGUCUGGGAGAACCACCAGCUGGAGCAGGCGUAUACCAGCGAGAUGCAGCGCAAGGGCGGCGUGCCAAUCACCCCGGCUAUCCCCGAGACUGUGCAGCAGGUCAUUUCGCAGAACAUGUUCUAA